AUGCGUUACACUCAAGUUUUUGGCAGUGCUGCCGCACUUGCCGGUUAUGCUCUUGCUCAAGAAGGUGAGGCACAGUCUACUGUUGUCUACGAUGCAGAAACGAAAAUCAGUUACUCGUCGUACUCGGAGCCAGAAACAGGAAUGUCAUUUGGUGUUGCUUUUCCAAAGAACGUCACAGACCCGUAUGAUGCCAUUAUCAGGAUCACCGCACCGAUUGCCAAUCAAUGGGUCGGCUUCUCAUGGGGAGGUAAUAUGGUCUGGAACCCUUUGAGCGUUGCUUGGCCCAACGGUCAAUCCGGGACGAUCUCUGCUCGCUUCGCUUUUGGUAUUGCUUUGCCGCUUGGGUACGAUGGGGCCGAGCAUACAUACCUCAAAGGCACAAAGACAAACGCCACACACUGGACAGUCAACGCGUUAUGCAAAGGCUGCACUGGAUGGCAAAAUAACGAGGACACAAGAUAUGCACUCAAUGGCACAGGUACAACAGAGUUCGCCUGGGCCUACGGUGCCUCUUCGGUCGAGAACCCUGCUCGAAAUGAUUCCGCUUUCAAUGUUCAUCAGGCCUGGGGGAAAUGGAUCCAUAACCUGGACGCUGCGCGCAUCGAUAAUUUCGAUUCUUUGGUCAAGACUAACCUGCUGACGGCGCCUGUAGCCACACCUUCCGCUGCGCCGACCACCGUCGUGACAAGCGUUGUACCGUCCCCGUCUGCGACGGUAAAGCCAGCAGCGCCUGCUGCCAUUCCAGCCUCGUGCUCCGGCGCCGGCAGUCCUGCAUUUCAGGGCAGUCUUGCGGCUGGAUGGAAGGCAACGAAGAUUGCGGGAGGCUUGACUAGCCCUCGCAGCAUCCAGUUCGACAGUGCCGGGAACAUGUUGGUGGUUCAGUCCGGUAAGGGCAUCUCGUACCAUAAGAUGGGUACAGAUGGCUGUAUCACCUCUACCAAGAUGCUGGUCUCGCAGAACAAUCUGAAUCACGGUAUCGCAAUGAGCCCUGACGGCAAGACAUUGUAUGCGAGCUCUAUGACUCAAGCUUACUCUUGGCCAUACGACGCCGCGGCGGGUACACUGGGAACUCGAACGACCAUCGUCACCGGCAUGUACAACGGUGGUUCUCACUUGACCCGCACUCUUGCUGUUGCGCCACAGAACCCGAAUUUGCUAGUGGUCUCCCAUGGAUCCAAUGCCAACAUUGACUCUGCUACAUCGGACCCCAAGACCGCCCGUGCCAUCAUCAAGGUCUUUGAUUUGUCAAAGGUCCCCAGCGGAGGCUACAACUAUGUAUCUGGCGGAUACAACGCUGGCUACGGACAGCGUAAUGACGUGGGAAUUUGCUUUGACAAGAACAACAUGCUGUGGGGUGUAGAGAACAGUGGUGAUGACUUCAAGCGCAACGGAAAAGAUAUUCACCAUAACAACCCUGGCGAGAAGAUUCAUUACAUGGGCGAUGUUACCAAGCCCAACGAAAACUGGUACGGAUACCCAUCCUGCUUCACCGUCUGGCAACCCAGCGACUUCACCGACAAGACAUUUAAAGUCGGCGACUUCUUCACACAACAGCCAAGCACCAGCAUGAACGACGACACUUGCGUCCAGAAAGCCACACCUCCCAAGCUUACUCUGUUCCCGCACUCCGCACCCAUCGACUGCAAGUUCGAUGCCGACAGCACGACCAUGUACAUCACCUACCACGGUAGCUGGAACCGCAACCCCGUCACCGGCUUCAAGCUCGUCGCUGUGCAGUUCAAGAUUGGUGCGGAUGGGAACUAUACACCCGUUGAGCCUUUGACUAGCACUACAGCUGCCAAGGACAUCUUCUACAAUCCGGCUGUGGAGAAGUGCCAGGGUAAUGGACCGAGUUUCAGCUCUGGUUGCUUCAGGCCUGCGGGUUUGGCCUGGGACUCUCAGGGGCGGCUGUUCAUGACUAGUGAUACCUCGAGCAAUGGAGAGCUCUGGGUUUUGGGGAAGUCGUAG